AUGUCGAAUUUUCUAGAGGAAGACGACUCCCCAUGGGGUCAACAUGUGCCUAUAUCGACGACGCUAGGUGGUGGAGCAGCCCCAUUUGAGGACCAUGCUCAAUCGCCAUGGGGGGCGGCUCUGUCAGAGGACGAAGAUAAGGCUGGUUACGACAACCCUUUUGCGGCUCCAGCAUCGUCAAUUGAUGACCCAUUAGGUGCUGGCUUGAGCAGGGACGAGCAGAAAGAUGAUCCACUCUCUAUGCUAACUGCGACUUCUGAUGGUCCGUCAAAGCACAUGCAUUUUGUCCAACAGAAAUCACCGUACGGCGAUUCCGAGAUAUCGACAAGCUCUCAGAAUGAGGAGCCCAAAUCUCCACAGCGCAAAGCAGAACUGCCGCGAAGAACAAAGGGAAAGGCUUUGCAGAAGAAGGUCAUUACCAUCGACCCCUCAGAUAGCCAGGGGUCCGAAGCCAAUAUUGAUCCCCUUGGGGCAUCGAUGCUGGGCACAGCACCGAAAGAUAGAAAAUUGAAAGACUUUGACGAGGUUCCACUUGCGAAUGUUGAUGAAACCGAUGAAGUUCGGCUCGCAAUGUCUCAAGUUCAUGUGACAGAUACCAAGGAAGACGCGGAGGUGGCCACUGCGGCCCCCGCUGCAAAGGCAGCACCGGCUCCUCAGGCUCUCACCGACCCUUAUGUACUCGAGAGGCCACAAGCCAGUUUCACUAUUCAUGUUGGUGAUCCUAGUCGUGUUGGCGACCUGGCCAGUGCCCAUACGGAAUACACGGUCUCGACCACGACCGACUAUGCCAAAUACCCUCCAGACUCUGCUGUGCAAAGACGUUAUAGGGACUUCCGCUGGCUUUACCGUGCAUUGCGGCAUAAUCAUCCUGGUGUGAUUGUGCCGCCCCCUCCCGACAAGCAAGUUGUUGGGCGGUUCAACGAUGAGUUUAUCGAGAACCGCCGGCUGGCUCUAGAGCAGAUGCUUCGCCACAUUGUCCGGCACCCGCAUCUUUAUGCCGACGAUGAUCUAGAAGCGUUUUUAACUCAUUCUGACUUCUCCGAGUACUUGAAAACACGUAUUAUUACCGAAGAUGAGAUUGAAGCUGUAGCGUCUUCUGGGUUCAUGUCGUCACUUUUGGGCAGGAUCGAAGAGCCGGAUAUCUGGUUGCAAGAACAAAGAGCACGCCUGGAUCGCAUCGAGCAUGAUUUACGGACUACCUACCGAGUUUACGAAUCGCUACUCAACCAACGCAAGGAGCUGAGUGAUGCCCUGGAUGAGUUUUCGAAUGUGACGUCGGCACUAGCAGUGCUUGAACCUACCAAACGCCUGGGUACUGUUUUACAGCACUUUGCCGACGUUCACGAGAAGAUCGCGGCCAACAUUGCCCGCCACCGGCAGCAGGAGAUGUUGUCGGUUGGCAACCAGUUGGAGGAGCAGCUGCGUCAAGUCGGCAGUGUUCGGAGUGCGCUUGAUUCACGUCAGCGAAUCACCGCCCAGGCCCAGGCUGCCCAAACCGAUGUGGAAAAGAAACAGCAGGCUGUUGACAAAAUGAUGCGUCAAGGUCGUACGCAAAAUGACCGUCACGAGGUAUUGGUGCAGGACCUGGCCCAGGCCAAGCAAAAGUACGAGGAGCUGCGGACGCAAUCCAACGAGGUGGCUAGUCUGAUUGUCAAAGAAUUAGCAAGCCUGAGCUACCAGAACUUCACGGAUCUCCGCAGUUCCAUUGAACUGCUGGUCGAGUCAGGAAUCGAAGUCCAGAAAGAGGCAAUCGAGACAUGGGAAACCUUCUACUCCCGCUGCUUUGCGUCCCCUUCCAAGGAGGCUGCUCACUAG